AUGUCUGAAAUUCAAGGUGAACAUGCAGAAUCGGAACAAGAUAUACCAAAAGAAGUAAUUUCGGAAAAGAACUCUCCAGUGAAGAACAUUGAAGAUGAAACUAAAAAAUCGGAACAAGAUGAACAAAGUGAGAAUGUCUCUGCUACUCAAAAUGAGAUUGGAAAUCAAUCUGCACAAGAGAGUAGGGAUCAAUGUGACAAAAAUGUGGAGCAAAAACAGGAUACAAUUCCAUCUGAAAAGGACAAAGAUAAUGUUGAUCAAAGCAAGGUAAAAGAAGUUGAAUCAGAGGGGAAAAACAAUACAGAAAAGAUAACUACUGGGCCAAAAAAAACCAAAAAUGAUGAUCAGAAGAAGCCAAAAAUAACAACUUUAAAGGAGAAGAUGCAACAAAUACAUAUAGACAUAGAAGAAAACCCAAAGAAGUACAAUGAAUCAACACCGAGAAUCAUGAAAAAUCUCAAAAGAAGGGAAGAGUUGUACAAGAAAUUUAACAAAGAAGGACAAGAGGAAAAGAGGCAAGAAAUAGAGAAAAACACUGAAAAGAAUACUGUGGAAAAUGUUUUUCAAAAGUCAGAUGAGCAAAAAGGAGAAGGGAAUAAAGGGCCAGAAAAUGAGAAAAUCCCUAUAGAGAAAUCUGUGGAAGAUGUCUCUCAAAAGACAACAGAGCUAAAAGCAGAAAUGGCAUGUGAUUAUUAUGAAAUUGAGGAUGAGACUGAUCUAAUAUCUGAGGAUUUGGAUAGUGCACGUGUAAAUGAUGAUCCAGUUCCAUCAUCUCAAAAGAAUGUUUUGUUAGAUGAAUCUGCUGAAGGAGGUCAAAAGGAGGCAACUACUGAUCCUGCUGAAGGAUCCACAAAAAAAAAAGGUGUGGAAAGAAGAAUUUCUCCAAGGAAAUCUGCAGCACCUACUCCAAUAAAACAAAUGACAGGUGCCCCUGCUGAAUAUGUUCAAGCACCUAUUAGAAAAAUGGCUGGUGCUCCUGCUGAGAAAGUUGUGGAACAACAAGGAAAAAAGGGUAAAUGUUCAAUUGAUUAA